UGUAAAAUCCAAGAAAGGCAAGAAUAUACAUACAACAAAAAAGAUGGGGUCUUUAAGGGUAGGAUUAGUACAUCUUCAUCAUUGUCAUCAUAAUCAUAGUCAUAAUCAUAAUCCAUCAUUAUCGAAAUCUAGAUUACCCCUAACCCUCAAAAGUGGGUUGUUAGUUUUACCUUGUUCAUCAUUUUACUCAAAAUCAAAUAGAAACUUCCACCGAUUGCCUUCUGCAUCAGUUACUACUACUGAUCCAAUCAAAUUGAAAGUAAGAGCUUCUUCAAAUUCAACACAUAAAACAAUGGUGAAGGGAAUUAGGGUCCAUGAAAUUGGUGGCCCAGAGGUGCUGAAGUGGGAAGAUGUAGAAGUAGGAGAGCUGAAGGAGGGUGAGAUCCGUGUGAGAAACAAAGCAAUUGGGCUUAAUUUUAUUGAUAUUUACUUCCGCACUGGAUUAUAUAAGAGUCCAACAAUACCCUUCACUCCGGGAAUGGAAGCAGUUGGAGAGGUGGUAGCUGUGGGUCCCGGACUAACUGGCAGAAAGGUGGGAGAUCUUGUUGCUUAUGCUGGUAAUCCAAUGGGUUCAUAUGCAGAGGAACAGAUCCUUCCUGCUGACAGAGCUGUCCCUGUUCCACCUUCUGUUGAUCCUAUAACUGCAGCAUCUGUCAUGCUCAAGGGAUUGACAGCUCACUGUUUAGUCCGUCGCUGCUUCAAGGUUGAAGCUGGUCAUACUGUUCUUAUUCAUGCGGCUGCGGGAGGAGUAGGUUCUCUGCUAUGCCAAUGGGCAAAUGCUCUUGGUGCUACCGUCAUUGGUACCGUCUCGACAAAAGAGAAAGCAGUUCAAGCUAGAGAAGAUGGUUGUCACCAUGUAAUAAUCUACAAGGAAGAAGAUUUUGUGUCUCGUGUCAAAGAGAUAACAGCUGGCCAAGGGGUAGAAGUUGUCUAUGAUUCCGUUGGAAAAGACACUUUUCAGGGAUCACUGGAUUGCUUGAAAUUCCGGGGUCACAUGGUUCUGUUCGGUCAAUCAUCAGGCGCACCAGACCCUAUUCCAGUGUCAACAAUAGCAGCAAAAUCUCUCUUUCUAACGAGACCCAGCCUUAUGCAUUACACCAUAACACAAGACGAGCUUCUAGAAGCUUCUGGAGAGUUAUUUGCAAAUGUUGCUUCUGGUGUUUUACGGGUUCGUGUCAAUCAUAAGUUUCUUCUGUCACAGGCAGCUGAGGCUCAAACUGCACUUGAGAACCGACAAACGACUGGUUCCAUUGUGUUGAUACCAGAUGCUUCUCUAUAACAUGUUGAAGUAUUAAGAACAUUGUAAUUUAGUCAGUUAUGGUUCUUAAUGUGUUGUGUUCAAAGGGAUUUAAGGAAGUAUUAUAACAAGUGAUGUGUAAUUAAGGAUGAUUGGUCUAUGUUACUACUAGAAUGAGGUAUCAGCAUGCUUCAUGCUAUGUAAGCUUUAUUUGCACCAGGAAAUAAAAGCAGAGAAUAUAUAUUGCAUUAACAGACAUAUUACAUUGAAUAAAAGAACCUAUAAUUGGUUUAUUUACAGCA